AUGCCGAAUGGGGGAAGUGUGCGAUUGGUGGAGAGACUUUUUCAACCAAUACGGACUCGAGGCCACAAUCCGCUCAACAGGCUGGCGCGCGGACGAACUGUCCGAUUCAAUUGUGGGCAUUGUCAACGACAUGAACUGCGCGUUGGAAACCACAACAACGGCAGAACCCGAAACCACGACGACCACUACCACUACUCCGACGACCACUACAACUACUCCGACGACCACUACAACUACUCCGACGACCACUACAACUACUCCGACGACCACUACUACUACUACUCCGACGACCACUACUACUACUCCGACGACCACUACCACCACUCCGACGACCACUACAACUACUCCGACGACCACUACAACUACUCCGACGACGACCACUACUACUACUCCGACGACGACCACUACUACUACUCCGACGACCACUACCACUACCCCAACCACCACUACCACUACCCCAACGACCACUACCACUACCCCAACGACCACUACCACUACUCCGACGACCACGACUACGACCGCUACACCCACCACCACUACCACGACACCCACUACCACUACCACGACAGCCACUAG